UUCAAAAUGGCCGCGGGAACUCUGGACCCAGGCUCUCUCUCCCAAUUAGUAAGAACGCCUGGCCAAUUUCGACAUUUCGAUGGCAAGGGAACAGUUUCUGCCAUGAUUGCAUUUCGACGCAUUCGUUUCCUUAAAAACUUUAGUGUAAGGACUGUGGCAUUCUACUCUGUUGUUUCCAGUAGAAGUAGCUUGAUUCUGUCUGCAAGUAGAAGAUCACAUGUUGGGCUGCUGUCGAAAAGACUUCAGCUCGACCAAAGAAGGAUUCCCCUGACAAGAGCGUUCAGUACCGAAAGCACCCUAGAUGAGUUAUCUUACCACAGUAUCGCAGAUGAGACACUGGAUGCCAUAGCUGAGUUAUUUGAUGACCUUGGUGAAAGCCCAUCAAGCCCUGCUGACUAUGAUGUCCAGAUGAGUGAUGGAGUCCUAACAGUCAACUUGGGAGCUGGACGUGGUACCUAUGUGAUCAACAAACAAAGCCCUAACAAACAAAUAUGGUUGUCCUCUCCAACAAGUGGUCCCAAGAGGUACGAUUUCAAAGAUGGUUCCUGGAUAUAUACACAUGAUGGUGUUUAUCUUCAUGAUCUUUUAUCAUCAGAGAUUUCUGCGGCACUUGGACAUGAAGUGGACUUUACUUCACUAACAUAUGGUGGAGCAGAUGGAAAGCUUAGUUGAUAAAGGAAAUUAACCAAUAAAAA